AUGCGCGAGAUCGUCCACCUGCAGAUAGGACAAUGCGGGAACCAAAUUGGAGCAAAGUUCUGGGAGGUGAUCAGUGACGAGCACGGUAUUGACAAUGCGGGAAAUUACAAAGGAGAGUCGGACCUGCAGCUGGAGCGGGUCAACGUCUACUUCAAUGAGGCUCACUCCCAGAAGUAUGUCCCUCGAGCUGUGCUUGUGGAUCUGGAACCCGGAACGAUGGACAGCUUGCGCUCCAGUGCCAUUGGACCUCUGUUUCGUCCAGACAGUUUUAUUCAUGGCAACUCCGGAGCUGGCAACAACUGGGCUAAAGGCCACUACACUGAGGGAGCGGAGCUGAUAGAAUCAGUGAUGGAUGUGGUGAGAACAGAGAGUGAAAGCUGCGAUUGUCUACAAGGUUUUCAGCUGGUGCACUCUCUUGGAGGAGGAACAGGAUCAGGAAUGGGCACUCUCCUGAUAAACAAGAUAAGGGAGGAAUAUCCAGACAGGAUGACCACCCCGACCUAUGGAGACCUUAACCAUCUGGUGUCCAUGACCAUGAGUGGAGUAACCACCUCGCUACGAUUCCCCGGACAGCUUAACGCAGAUCUGAGAAAGCUAGCAGUGAACAUGGUGCCUUUUCCUCGUCUUCAUUUCUUCAUGACUGGCUUUGCCCCUUUAACAUCACGCAGGAGCCAGCAAUACAGAACCAUGAUGACUGCAUGUGACCCUCACCAUGGCCGUUACUUAACAGUGGCUGGCAUCUUUCGUGUUGCUGUUUGCGAUAUCCCACCCCGUGGCCUUAAGAUGGCCUCCACCUUUAUUGGAAACAACACCGCCAUCCAGGAGAUCUUCCGUCGCAUCGCUGAGCAGUUUUCAGCCAUGUACCGCAGGAAGGCUUUCCUCCACUGGUAUACUGGUGAGGGGAUGGAUGAAAUGGAGUUCACGAAGCAGAAUGCAACACCAAUGAUUUGA